CCCAGGUACAUAAUACAUGUAAGUAACCUUCUGCACAGAUUUGUAUGAUUUUGCGCCGCGUUACAUGACAAUCCGGCUUCUUUGUAACCACAUCAGGAAGCGUCGCACGUGGCACGAUUUACCACGAGUCCACGACCUUCAGCAAUGGAUUUCUUCAAAAUGUUACCCUAAUACGUGGUUGGGCUUUAAAUCAAAGAGGUACCUAUACGAUAUCUCUGAGGGACUCAAGUCCAUAUAUGCCUACCUAUACUAGGUAUAUAUGGUGUGUGUGCGUGUGUGAUUAGAUAACUUACAUACGAAUAGACGUCUUUGUAGUCACAUGCAAAUAAAGGCGGCUAAACCUCGACCCAAGGUUGACACCUAAGUAUCCUAUGAUGUACCUAGGUAAAUAUGAGCUACAUCAUUCAAUGUUGUAUUCCAUUCGGAAAACUUUACAUCGCCAAAGCCGAACCUUGCCCACACUAUUUCCACUUGCGCCUCUGCCUCAUGGAUAACGUGAAUAGAAGGCCUAAGCACGAUGGAUAAAGAUAAUCACGAGAGCGCAAUGGCCAAGGAUACCAAAGACAAGGGCAAAGGUACUGCGAUUAAUAUAGACGAAUCAUUGUCUGAAUCAACAAAGAAAAAUGGGCAUUCGAGCUCCGUUGAAGCCGGUUUGGUUACAACCUCAUUCGUAUCACGACUCAGCGCAUCCGCGAGUAAACUCACUGGCGAUAUGGUCCUACAGCAUCCAAGUGGCGGGUCUCUAGCAGACGCCUUGCCCGCAGACAAAGCAGAAUCAUCCAGACUUGGGCGAGGCGCGGGUAUGGAUGAAAUAUCAACGGAUAGGAGUAGCUUAGCGCAAAGGUCAAUUCCAAGCUCGUUCAAAUCCGCUCAGAGCCAGGAGGAAGGGGCCCAAAUCGAAUUUGCCUUUAGCGACUUUCUCAAUAGUAGUACAAGUAUCUUAGAGGAACGGGACCCCGGUAACGUCAAAGCCUUGGGGGAUGAGCAGAUUAAUAAACCUGCACUUGAAAAGACCCAGCGAACUAUACCCCGGAUUAACCCAACUGAUGGUAUAGAUGUCGUUGAGCUUCUCAACUCAGCAUAUAGCGAAGCUGAGGAGACAUAUCUGGAUUUGACAGACAUCGAACAAGCAACUAUACGUCAUCAUCUUUUCGAAGAUGGCGAAUCCGGGGAACGUGUUUUGAGGAGACGGUGGGACGAUGCACUUAAUUUCUUUCCUGAUCUUGGGUCGAAUAGCGGAGGCAUACACGAGUAUGCCAAUUUGAUCGGUACAUCAAAUGUAGAAGAAGCGAAGAGCAUCUGGGUGAGCCAAUGGCAGGGAGUCCUUUCUAGUUACACAGAUGAAGUAUGGGGAGAGCUCGGGCCUCUAGUAAAUAAGGCUCGAGAAGAGCUUACUAGCCUGUCAGUGCCUUAUGAAGAAGCCUCACCUUCAAAGUUAAAAGCGGUGCGAAGACUUCAGCAACUUUUGAGUCAUAUCCGCGGGACAUGAACAAAAAAAAAAAAAAAGAAAAAAAGAAAAAGAAAAAAAAACCCUACAAGCUCAUGAGUUUACGAUGGCUUUUUCUGCAAAAAAUGAUUGCCUUAUAUAAUAUCUAAUGGUAACUGUAUAUGAAAUUAUGAUACCCGAGGUUAGAACUAUAUUCAGUUACAUACUUUUUGACUCCGUGCUAUUCCUACCCCCCCGAGGAAACCUGUCUCAAGCAUCGUGAAAAUGAUUGGAAUGCGGGUUAUCGCUACCAUCCUCCCGCGCUAAACGGUUUUAUAAUUUUUUUUUUUCCCACAAGAACGUACGAGAAGAGAGUAUGUACAGUAGCCAAGUAGUAUAAUGGAGUCGUAGGGAUCUGAGUGGAUGUCGAGAUGGCUAUUGGGAGAAAAUCUUCCUGUACAUAUUUGGGACAAGGCUUCCAG